UAUAAUUCAUUUAUGGUUCAAUUUGCAAUCAUGGUUUUCAUUACGAGCGUUCUUGCCGUGCCUCUGUGCAUGCUGCUUCCGAAAAGCCUCAGAUAUUACGCUAUGCCGUCGGUGUUUCUUAGCACUUUCUUACCAGUGUUACAAGACGUGUACUUGAGUAUAUUCAUUUGGUCUAUCAACGCCGGGUAUCAAACUCUGGAGGAACAAGUUCGAUCGCAGACUUUGUGGUCUCAGGACUACGUUACAGAACUUGCGACUCAUUGGAUUAGUCUGAAGAAACUUCUAUUCUUUCACAACUCGAUUUUCCGAAGAACCACGUUCGUGCGCUUGAUUCUCUUCACAGCGCAAAUGAUGUCUUACUUGGUCACAAUCACCACCUACCAGCAGAGUAGCGAGUGCCUUCCGCUUUUCGUCUGCACGCUCAUCUUCAUGAUCGAACUCUUGCACAUGGGCUUAGCGUUCGCGCUAUCAGAGAUCUUACAUAGUCCUAUGUUGACGGAUGACGUACGAGAGCCGCUACAGGUUUUGCUGACGAGAGUGGAGGCGCAGCCUGCUGAGGUUGAGGUCUGGGGUAUGAAGAGGUUGGGCAGCAGCUCCAUGACCCGACAACUGAACAUCGUCAUCUCGGUCUUCGUGCUGAUGCUGCAGCUCCAACCGCAGUAUUCAAUCCAGGAUUUUGUUUGGCCCGAGGGACUAAGCUACUUUGAUCGCUGUUAUUCGCCUUCGAGUUCGGGCUAAGUCUCCAAAUACCACUGAUUUAUAUGUUUAUUCCUAUGACGACCAUAUUUACAUGUAUAAUA